CAGCAGCUUCCCCUUUUCUGCCCUGCUCCGGGUGCUGGGCUCCCCACCUCAGUGCCUAGGAGCAGGGGACAGCGGCACCAUGGCCCCCCACGCGCCUGCCACCCGCCAGACCUGCUGCUGCUUUAACGUCCGCAUCGCCACCACCGCCCUGGCCAUCUACCAUGUGAUCAUGAGUGUAUUGCUGUUCAUCGAGCACUCAGUGGAGGUGGUCCACGGCAAGGCGUCCUGCAAGAUGUGGCAGACGGGCUACCUCAGGCUCGCCAACCUGAUCUCCAGCUUCCUGCUCAUCACCAUGCUCUUUGUCAUCAGCUUGAGCCUGCUGAUCGGAGUGGUCAAGAACCGGGAGAAGUAUCUGCUGCCCUUCCUGUCCCUGCAAAUCAUGGACUUCCUGCUGGGUCUGCUCACCCUGCUGGGCUCCUACAUCGAGCUGCCCGCCUACCUCAAGUUCGCCUCCCGUAACAGCCGGGUUGGCCCCUCCAAGGUCCCACUGAUGACCCUGCAGCUGCUUGACUUCUGCCUGAGCAUCCUGACCCUCUGCAGCUCCUACAUGGAAGUACCCACUUAUCUCAACUUCAAGGCCAUGAACCACAUGAAUUACCUCCCCAGCCGGGAGGGUGUGGCUCACAGCCAGUUCAUCAAGAUGAUGAUCAUUUUCUCCAUCGCCUUCAUCACUGUCCUCAUCCUGAAGGUCUACAUGUUCAAGUGCGUGUGGAGAUGCUACAAAUUCAUGAAGUACAUGAACUCAGCCGAGGAGAGGAGCUGCUCCAAGAUGCUGCAGAAGGUGGUCCUGCCAUCCUACGAGGAAGCCCUUUCUCUACCGUACAAGAGUCCAGAUGGGGGCCCAGCACCACCCCCCUACUCAGAGGUGUGACGCCCGCCAGGCCCCAGCCCUGUGCUGGGAGGGGCGGAGCUGUCUCGCAAUCCGCUUCUCUGCUUUGGUGGCCCCUGCAGCGGGGGUGAAGCACCCGGCUGACCUCAGGACAACCCGCUUGUGUCCCCCUCGCUGGCCUGCUUUUCCCAUGGGGCCUGGGAGAUGCUCACAACUGGGUCAACUUAAGGCCGAAAGACUUCUUGAGUCUCUUGGACAUUCGGUCCAACAGCCCUCGGCUUAUUGUGAUCAGCCCCAACUUUUGUUUAAACCAUUCGUCAUUCCCAAUUCAGUGGGUUUGGUUAAACAACUUGCAGCUUGACCCGUGUGACCAUGUGGCCAGCAAAUGAAAAGCACACUUCUCAGUGCAGAGAACCAGUUUAGUCAGACCGCCACAGUCCAUUGCAUUGGUUUUAGACAGUUGUCCCUUCCCAGGGCAAUGCGGCCAAGUCAUCGUCCCUGGGUCCUCCCGACCAAAUACAUACGUCUGAUUUCUUCAAAUUACUGGGUUCAACAAUUAUGGACAGCCAACCACCAGUCGAUUCAAAGCAGGGUUAAAAUUUAAUAAUAACAAUAAAAAUCAAAUUAGCCCCAAACCAUUCCCUUCGUUUGAAUCCAAUACCUGGCUGCCCACUCUGUUCAAUCUGGUACUUCCGAGGGGCUGAGUGAAAUUCGGGCAGUUGCCAAACGUCAUCCAGCAGCUACUUCCAGGAAAUAACAGUUGUCCCCAUCAUCCAACUGUCCUGACAAACACACAAUCGUUCUUGCUGAAGACAGACAGUCAUCAGCAACAGUCGGCCACACAUGGUCAGCAGAGUCGCACAGCGGUGGGGUCCGCGACAAGGGCGGCCUCCGGCGCAGUCGUGUCCAGCAGCGAGCUGCCACCAUCCUGCAGCGGUGGCCCCAUCUGUUGCCAAUUCAAGCAGAGGCGCCUGCGUCCUGCCCAAUGCUUGUGCUUAAGCAGCAAUUUAGCCCUGACAUCAGGCAGGUCUGCUGGCUGGACUAAAGCCACGUGUUAGUUCAAUCAAAGCCGGCAAACUCUUUGUGGGCGCUCGUGGCGGUGGUGGCAGAAGGGAAGGUUUGGGUCCCAACACCCCCUCUUUCGCCUGUUUCCCUGUGGGCUGGGGUUCCUGAGGGAGCUGAUCCCGAGGCGGAGAUAAUAGGGCUAUGGAGGCAGGUUCUUUGGGGUCUGAGAGGGGGGUUCAGAGGCAGAGGGCUGUGUAAGAGGCUCCCCGCCAGCACCCCCUUGUUUAAUUGCUUUGUGUGUGACGGGGAAGAAGUUUCAAUAAAGCAGCACCACGCUUCA